CCUCCACCUUCAACCUUUUCAAAUCCAUCCACUCCCCAUCGUCACUUUUUCUUUCCUGCCCACAGAGGCUCCCCCGAGACCGAUCCAUAUAAAAAGCUCCGGUUCGCAAUGUCUAGCAAUCCUGAGCUUCCCAUCCCGCGCCCGGCGCAACCGAUUUCGCUUGACACUUCCGCCGCGGCCGCCGGCAGCUCGUCGCUAUGGGAUAGGAUAUCCUCAUGGGCCUCGGAGCACAAGGCGGUGGUUUACACAAUCGCUGGUGUCACAGUCUUGGUAACGGGUGCCGGUGCCGUCUACUACUUUUCGGACAGCGGCAAACCUACAAAGGCCGAGACUGCAAAGUCCAAGAAAAACAAGAAGGCGAAGGAGCGCAGGAAGGCUAAGCAGGCUGCGGAGGAGGAGAAGUCUAAAGAAUCAGAGACCCCAUCUACGAAGAAGGCUUCUGCUGCUGAGGAGAGUGAGGAGGAGCUGCCUGAGGUUGAUGAGAACACCGCGGCCAAUCUGACCCCAGAAGAACGCAAGGACUUUGCCGCGAAGCUCAAGGCCGCUGGCAACAAGGCAUACGGUUCCAAGGACUACAACAGGGCGAUUGACCUGUACACCAAGGCGAUCUUGUGCAAGCAAGACCCUGUCUUCUACUCGAACCGCGCCGCUUGCUACAAUGCCAUGUCCAACUGGGAAAAUGUUAUCGAGGACACCACCGCUGCUCUUAAGCUGGACGCCGAAUAUGUCAAGGCCCUGAACAGGCGCGCAAACGCAUUCGAGCAGACCGAGAAGUACAGCGAGGCUCUUUUGGACUACACCGCUAGCUGCAUCAUUGAUGGCUUCCGCAACGAGCAAAGCGCGCAGAGCGUUGAGCGUCUACUGAAGAAGGUGGCUGAGGCCAAGGGCCGCAACAUCCUUGCUGGCAAGGAGAAGAAGCUUCCUAGCCCGACUUUCGUUUCCAACUACCUGCAGAGCUUCAGGCCCAAGCCUGCGCCUGCGGGUCUUGAGGAGGACGCCGAGCUGGACGAGGAGACGGGCAAGGGUCAAUUGAAGAAGGGCCUGAUUGCUCUGAGCCGGAAGUCUGCGGAAGGCUACAAUGAGGCUGCCCAAGCUUUUGAAAGGGCGCUUGAGCUGGGCGAUUUGGAAGAGCACGAGGCUUUCGCUUACAACAUGCGGGGAACCUUCAAGUACCUUAUGGGCAACAACCAGGCCGCGCUGGCGGAUCUCACCAAGAGUGUGGAGCUCGACCCUUCGUUGACCCAGAGCUUCAUCAAGCGCGCAAGCAUGCACCUUGAACAGGGUGAACGCGAGGCUGCCGCAAACGACUUCGAGCAAGCGAUGGAGCAGAACGCCAACGAUCCCGAUAUCUUCUACCACCGCGCGCAGCUCCACUUCAUCCUCUCCGAGUUUGCCGACGCCGCCAAGGAUUACCAGACGUCCAUUGAUCUCGACAAGGACUUCAUCUUCUCGCACAUUCAGCUCGGCGUCACGCAGUACAAGAUGGGCAGCAUCGCUUCUUCUAUGGCUACCUUCCGCCGCUGUAUGAAGAACUUCGACAAGGUCCCCGACGUCUACAACUACUAUGGUGAGCUGCUGCUCGACCAGCAGAAGUACCAGGAGGCUAUUGAGAAGUUUGACACCGCCGUCGAAAUGGAGAAGGCCUUGAAGCCGCUUGGCAUGAACGUCCUGCCUCUCAUCAACAAGGCAUUGGCUCUCUUCCAGUGGAAGCAAGACUUCAAUGAGGCCGAGGAGCUGUGCAAGAAGGCUCUGAUCAUCGACCCCGAGUGUGACAUUGCUGUCGCCACGAUGGCUCAGCUCCUCCUCCAGCAGGGCAAGGUCCCCGAGGCCCUCAAGUACUUCGAGCGCGCCGCCGAACUGUCGAGAACCGAGGGCGAGAUUGUCAACGCCUUGUCCUACGCCGAGGCCACCAGGACGCAGCUCGAGGUCCAGGAGAAGUACCCGCAGCUUGCCAGCCGUCUGCAGGGUAUGAGCGGCAUGGGUAUGGGACGGUAAAUACCCAAAUGCACGAAAACAAGCAACUGCGUAUUCUUUUAUGUUUUCACUGGUUACCCCAACCUUUCUCUGCGGAUUUGGUGUUGCCGUAAGCACUUUUUGUGUGUUGUAUCUACACAUUCUCUCUGUUCUUUACUCCCUGCUCUCUUAUCAUCAUCCUCGCCACGGUUUUCUCGAGUCGAGCUAGUGUUGGGUUCUAGGGUCGCAAAAGGGCAGCUUGAGGCGGGGCAUAGAGUUCUCAAAGCCUUCGGGGGGUGCAAUGCGCCAUGUGGUCGUGCUGAGGGCGGCGGAGCCCGCCAUGUACAAUCAGUAAUACUUGUGUAGGUAGGAAAAACGAAAAGAGAAAAGGCUAGG